AGUAGUGCCUGGAUAAUGUUUCAUUUUCUGACAAAGAGAAUUCGGCAAGCAAUUGGCCUGCAAGCCAACAGGCCCCUGUACUGCCUGCUGUACGGCCAGGAGUCGGAAGAUGAGGCUUGGCUCAAGCCCGUACGCUAUCUGGGAAGAUUCCUGGUGGGCCUUCUGCUCGCCUAUCUGCUCUGGGGCCUGGUGGCCUUGAACUUCAACCUGAACCGCUGGUUUGCCUCCAUGCCCGUGCAUGUGCCCGUCUUCGAGGUGUUCAUGCUGCUCAACGGACUGGCCUUCAUGCUGAUCCGCAGUGUUCGGGCCGUGACAAUGCUGAUAUUUGUAGCGCUUGUGGGUAAGUCGGGACGCAGCUACCUUCGGGCCAUCGCCCUGGCCUUUGUGAUAGCGGGACCGAUCGAUAACCUAGCCUCGAAUGCGGGGGAGGUGGCCCGUGUGUUUGCCUGCACCACGGUGCUGACGUACAACCUCACCAAGACGCGGUUCGAUCUGAUGGCCAGACCCUUUACGAACACGCUGCAGCACAUGCGGGGCGACAUCGCGGAGAUACGGAACACUUUUCGGGAGCUAGAGGAAGUCCUGGGCGAGCUCAAGUACGCCGUCGAGGAGGAGUCGCCCGACGAGGAUGAGGAUGGGACAGAUCACAGGACUCCAGCGCAGUCGGACCAAGAGCUGCCCUCGGCCGACACGGUCCGCGAGAAUUUCCUUCGCAACAUGCGGAACCGUUGCAAGCAGCAGCUGAGCAGUGGCAUCCGCGUCUGCCAGGAGGUCUUCCGCAAGGGCUACCAGAAGUGCAGCACAAACUUUCCCGAUUUCAUCGCCGCCGCCAUCUGCUGGCCCUACCGCGUGGACAUCAUCUGCCGGCUGAACCUCUUUGGCAGUCCGGACACGAUAUGCGAUGCCUCGGAGGUGGUGCCGCCGAACUUUGGCCAGACGUAUGUGGAUAUGCUGAGGACAGAGCGGGACCUCUUCGACGCCAGCUCCGACAUUGAGAUCUCCUACGAGCUGAGGAACGAGACGGCCAAGGGUCAGCUGUUGACGGCCCAGCAGACCUCGGAGGCAUUUAUGGAAGACUUCAAUCAUCGGAGGCGCGUCUUCAGGGCCACCAUGCUGGUCCUCGAGAAGUUCCUGUGCCUCUUCAUCCUGCGCGUGAUCUUCGCCUCCAUCCGGUACUAUUUCCUGUAUCGGGGCAACGUGGAGUUCGACAACUUCUACAUCACCGACUACUUCAAGCACGUGGAUGCGGGGCGCAAGGCGAAUGGGAAGCGUUCGAUCCUGCCGCUGCACAGCCACGAGCGGGCCAACUAUGUGGAUGUGGCACAUAUCUGCGGUCGCACAGCGGAGGAGUCCCGAACGGUGAUAUAUCAUCUGUUGCAGCUGUCGCUGGAGGUGAUCACAGCGGGACUGUUUCUCCUGCUGGAUCACAUGGUCGUCAGUCUCCUGCAGAUCAUACACCAGCGAUCGCUGAUCACAUACCAACAGGAGGGCGAGCACGAGAUACGGUUUCACAUAAAUGGCACUGGUAUGAUGGCUCGUCUGCUGCGCACCACCAUGCGGAAUUUCAACAUGCACGAGCGCGUCUCCACGUCGCUGAGCAACGAGGAGUGUCUGCCCAAUGCCCACGUCCUGCCCCAAAGUGUCUACUACCGAUUGAUCCUGCUGUAUCUGGCCAUCGUGUUGCUGAUCUACCAGAGCACCACCUUCUUGCGGCUGCGUCGGGUGAUCUGCAGCUACUUCUUCCACAAGCGCGAGAAGCAGCGCGUCCUCUUCCUCUACAAUGCCAUGCUGCGGGAUCGUCUCUCCGUCUUUGAGAGCCUGCGCCGCAAUGCCGAGCAGAAUCUAGCCACGCGCCGUGUCCAGGACAACCUCAACAUCUUUCUGCGUUUGCGUCUGCUCUGGCCCAGCUUAUUCGGCUGCCUGCAGCACUGGAAUUGCGGCAAGCGGAACUGCCUCAUUUGCGAUGCUCUCGAGGAUCAGGACUUUGUCAUCUGUGCCGGCUGCGGGCUGCCCUACUGUCACGAGUGCCUGCUGGUGCUGAGGAACGUCUGCAUACAGUGCGGCCUCACCAUAAGCUCCAGGCCAUUCACUCCGGUCGAUGGGGCCUGGUCGGAUGACAGCAGCGUGGUGCUCUAUGACUUUAGAAAGGAUAAAUAAAUGACUUGGUUAAUACAGUUCAGGA